AACACAACAAAGCCACCACAGAUCUCUUGGCCGAGAAAUAACAGAAGAAAUCCCCUUUACAACUGUAGUAGCAAAAUUAGGAGGGGAAAAAGUCUGCGUGUUUGAUAGGGAAAAAGGAGCUUUCCACCUUUUCCUCGGUCUCUCCGUCGCAUUUUCUAUUUCUCAAUUUUGUCUCUUCCAUAUUUUUUUUAGCUGUCCAGGUUGAUUGGAGGAGGAAUUUGAGUGGUUUUCUUCACCGAUCUCUUCUCCAAGAAAUGUCAGCUAUUUCGAAUUUUACGGCGUGCCGGCGUUUCCAAAAUGGAGCUGCAUUAACAAAAGACUCACCUGGGGUUGGUUUGAUUACUAACAAGUUUCUGACGACCAAGAUUUCUACGCCAUUUCCGAAGGUGUCUCUUGUUCAUUCAAAAAGGAUGUUUAAAGGUUCAAAUAUAAGAAUGACAAUGGUAGACGAGAGACUUUCCAGCGGGAAGGUUGUUGUGCCAUCUGAAGUGCUGGCAUAUGAGCUCGUUCAAGGAGCAAAAGUAAAAUGGAGUUAUAUUAUGGAGGGAUCGUUGCCCGAACCACCGACUGCUGUUCUCUUGCAUGGUAUUCUUGGCAGCAGGAAAAACUGGGGAAGCUUUGCUAGGAGAUUGGCCCAAGAAUUUCCGAAAUGGCAGUUUCUCCUGGUGGACUUGCGGUGCCAUGGUGAUUCAGCAUCUCUCAAGAAGAGAGGCACACAUACAGUUGCAUCAGCUGCUCUUGAUGUCCUAAAGCUGCUUGGCCAGCUCAGACUGACUCCCCGAGUUGUAGUUGGUCACAGCUUUGGAGGAAAAGUUGCAUUGAGCAUGGUUGAGCAGGUUCCAAAGCCCCUUGCACGGCCAGUUAGAGUCUGGGUUCUAGAUGCUACUCCAGGAGAGGUUCGAGCUGGUGCAGAUGGAGAUGAUCAUCCAGCUGAAUUGAUAUCAUUUCUGAGUAAAUUACCAAAAGAGGUCUCUUCAAAACGAGAUAUUGUGGAGGCUCUUAUACAAGAAGGUUUUUCCAGGGAUGUUGCACAGUGGGUGGUAACUAACCUUCGUCAAACCAACACUGCUGGUUCAUCUCCUUCACCUUUGUCAUGGGUGUUUGAUCUCAAGGGUAUUGCUGAAAUGUAUCAAUCAUAUGAAGAAACAAAUCUGUGGAAAAUUGUGGAAGAUGUUCCUCGGGGCGUGCAUGUUAACUUUUUGAAAGCAGAAAGAAGUCUGCAUAGAUGGGCCCUUGAGGAUAUUAGAAGAAUCCAUGUUGCUGAGGAACAGGCUGUAGAGGAAGGAGGUGGAGUCGAAAUGCAUGUCCUCGAAGAUGCAGGUCAUUGGGUACAUGCUGAUAACCCAGAUGGGCUAUUCAAGAUCCUUUCAUUUUCCUUCCAAGGAUUUUAGGCUCAAGGAAUUCUGGCAUUGGUCAUAUGACCUGGAAUAUCGGUUGUGAACCCCUUGCAACCUAUAGAUUGCAGAAAGAUCCAAUUUUUUUUGUAGUAUAGUGUAUAUCAUCUCAUUCAUUGUGAUUUGCUUGUUCUAGAAUGUGAUGUGCAGAAAUUAGAUUGGUGAGGCUAUUUCACCUUCAAAGCUGAGUACACGAUACAGAAUUGUGCAAAGAACUUCUUUACCAGUUCUGUCCUGUUGGGUCAUUAAACACCAGCUUUACUGGGUAAUUUCCCCUCUAAAUGUAAAGAGAAUUUAUCCUCUUCAAAUGAAUAUGAUUCUACCAAUUCAUACAUCAAA